AUGACUUUAAAGGGUGAAGAUUGUCGAAAGAAGUUUGAAUCUCUCUCUCUCUCUCUUUUAUUUUUUAAAUAUAAUACUAAUUUCUCUAUUUUAACUUAUUUUUGUAGGCCAGAACGUAAGGUAGCAAUUAUAACUGGUGGUGCUAGUGGCCUAGGAGCAGCCACAGCUAGGCUUUUUGUUCAACAUGGUGCAAAAGUUGUAAUUGCUGACAUACAAGACAACCUUGGAACCUCCUUGGUACAAGAAAUUGGCAACAAAGACACAAUUAUCUAUGUCCAUUGCAAUGUCGCGAUCGAAUCGGACGUCAAAAAUGUUGUUGAUGCAACAAUUGCCAAAUUUGGUAAGCUCGGCAUAAUGUUCAGUAAUGCUGGUGUAUUGGGUAAUCCAUUUCCCAGCAUCCAAUACAUAGAUUACGACGUAAUCAAGAACGUAUUCGAUGUAAAUUUUGUUGGGGGUGUCUUUUGCGCGAAACACGCUGCCAGAGUAAUGAUUCCGAACAAGAAAGGCUCCAUUAUCUUCACUGCAAGUGUGGUGACAGAGGUUUAUAGUGCUGUGACGCACGUCUAUACGGCUUCAAAGAAUGCACUUUUGGGACUUUCUAAUAAUGUUGGAGUUGAAUUAGCAAAGUAUGGAAUAAGAGUUAAUUGCGUUUCUCCUUUUGCAAUUAGCACACCUUUAAUGCUAAACGGAUUUCGAGUAAACAAACAAAUGGCGGACAAAUGGUUUGCAGAAGCAGCAAAUCUGAAAGGACAUUUACUAGGUGUACAAGAUGUGGCAAAUGCAGUAUUGUACUUGGCAAGUGAUGAUUCUAAAUAUGCGAGUGGACUGAAUCUAGUUCUUGAUGGUGGUUAUAGUACCACAAAUGUGGCUUUCACAGAGGCCUACAGGAAAUUAUUUUUAUCAACUACCAACAAAACAGUGUAAUUGUUUAAAUUGCAUUCAAAUGAUUGAUUAGAUCAUUUGAGUGAAUACUAUCCAAUAUGCGAACUAUGAAUCUAUUUCAAUAAAAACAAUGAAUAAAAAGCUAGUCUGCUUUGAUCAA